UCGGGGGCUCCCCUUGUGUGUGUGUGUGCGUGCGGGUCCGGGGCCAUGGAGGAGCUGAGCAGCGUGGGAGAGCAGGUCUUCGCCGCCGAGUGCAUCCUCAGCAAGCGGCUCCGCAAGGGCAAGCUGGAGUACCUGGUCAAGUGGCGGGGCUGGUCCUCCAAGCACAACAGCUGGGAGCCCGAGGAGAACAUCCUGGAUCCAAGACUCCUCCUGGCUUUCCAAAAGAAGGAGCACGAGAAAGAAGUGCAGAAUCGGAAGAGAGGCAAACGGCCCAGGGGCAGGCCCAGGAAACAUGUGGAACCAGAGAUGCCUGUAAAAACUAAGUCAAGUAGCUCCUCUUCCUCCACAUCCUCCUCUUCCUCCUCCUCUGAUGAAGAGGAUGAAAGUGACCUGGAAGCAAAGAGAGGUUCCCGCAGCAGAGAGACUCAUCCAGUACCGCAGAAGAAAGCUCAGAUCCUGGUGGCAAAGCCUGAACUGAAGGACAGCUCCAGGAAGAAGCGUGGACGAAAACCUCUUCCCCCGGAGCAGAAAGCAGCUCGAAGGACCGUGAACCUGACAAAGGUGCUGAAAACAUCCCGGAAGGAGGUGGGCAGCAGCAACAAGCUGAUGGGGAAGCUGCAGCCCCAGCACGGCACACAGGGCUCGGGCAUGGCUCUGCUGAAGGACCCGCCAGGCACCUUGGCUGGGCUUAGCUCAGGGGGGUCAUCAGCAGAAAACCUGCCCAACAUGAUGAAGAGCGGCUCCACCAGCCCAAACCGAGCCAUCAGCUGGCAGAGCUCCAUUGUGCACUACAUGAACAGGAUGUCCCAAAGCCAGAACUCAGCCGAGAGCUCGCCCCUGGGUAGGCUGGCGCUCAAGGCGCAAGCAGCCAGUAAAAGCGGCUUAGGGCUGGACUUAAAAAUGAGGAACCAGAAAGCAUCUGGAGAGCUUGGGCUGAGCACGCAGGGACCCAAGAGUGCCAAGGCUCUGAGCAGCAGCGCUGGAGGGGACCAGAAGUCAGGGUUUGCUGCAGGAAGCCAAGCUCUGCACAAUGGCAGUAAGAUGCCUACAAGCUCAUCUGGCUCCGGGUCCCAGCCGGCCUCCAGCCAGGAGCUGAAUCUCCAGGCUCUAAACCUCCAGAGUGUCAAAAACGGGCCAAGUGUGGCCGGUGGGAGCAGCGUCCCCCGUCACCUCUGCGCUGCCAUGUCCAAAGGUGCCACUGGUGGCACAGCUGCAAGUGCCGGUGCUGGUGGUGUGAAAGGCAGCACAGCGGGUGCUGGGUUGAAUGCUGCCAGCUCGGGUGGGGACAGCAGCAAGAGCAAGAAGCAAACACACCGGGCAGGAGACAGGGACUUGGCCAAAGGCAGUGCAGCCAGCACACAGGAUGGGCACACGGCCGCGGAGAGCCGCAAACCAGCAGCACUGUCCGAAAUGAGCACAGGUGAUGAGAGCAGCUCGGAUUCAGACCAGGAUUCGGCUUCCUUCCCAGGUGUGGGUCAGAACAUGUCUGUCUCCAUCCAGACCAGUCAGGACUGGAAACCCACCCGCAGCCUGAUCGAGCACGUCUUUGUCACUGAUGUCACUGCCAAUCUGAUCACGGUGACGGUCAAGGAAUCCCCCACCAGUGUUGGGUUUUUCAACCUACGGCAAUACUGAGCCCAGGAGCAUCAGAGGAGGAAGAGGGUCCUUCAGCCUCCCUCCACUUUGCCCAGCUCUUCCAUCAGGGUUUUUCUUUCUUCAAGUGAACACAGAGACUUGCUGGGACUCAUGUCCAGAGAAGCUUGAGAAAGACUCAGUGAAACCUGCUCAGAGCUGCCAGCAGGUCAAUGGAUCCCUCCCGGCUUCUCCCCAUCCUCACCUGGAGCAGCAUCUGGAGCUGAUGAUGCUGCUCUCCAGGAGCAGGGGCACUGGUGCUACCGGGGCUACCAGGCUGGCAAGUUUUGAGCCAGGUUUCACUGAAUGUGGGUUCCUUUGCUUUAGACCUUGAAACAGCUCCCCAGCAGCAGGAAACGGGCCAGGCUUCUAAUUGGGAGAGCAAGAGGAGAUCCUUUUCUUUCCUCUGGGCUCCCCGUGUAUCUGCCCAUGAGCCGUGGUGAGUUGCAGGUCAAUCCAAACGAGGCAGCUGCUGCUCCCAGCCCUGGGGCCAGCUGCAUCCGGGGGUUUUUCAGGGUACACUCAGCCCAGCCACCCCCCUGGGCCAGGUCACUUCCAAUGAUGAAGUCCAUGACGUUCCUGUUGUGGUUUCCAGCUAAUAGGGAAAUAUUGUUUACAUUUUUUAGUAAGGAAAAAUCCUGUUUUUGUCUUUGAGGGAGAGAAAUAAACCCCAUCGAGGGAAGGCUGAGCCCCGGGUGCCACCGGCAGCGGGUGUCAAAGGGAUGCUGUUAGCAGGUACUUCUUUACUGCCUGCGGUCCUACCCUGGGAGCCAGUGAGAGCUGCUGACUUCUUCACAGUGACUUGAUUUCAGAGGAGCUGCUUGAGGAGCUUCUCAUGGGUGGGUUGGAACAGGUGGAAGGGGAAGGAAAGGAGAAGGGGUAGGGAGCAGGCAGUGGGUACCUGAGGCUGUUGUUCCCCCAGGAGAUGGAGACCCUGCAGCAGCCAUUCACCUUUGUCUUGCCAUCCUGUGCCAGCAGCUGGGUAUUCAUUUUGGCUCAUGAUUGCAACCAAUAGUGGCUUUUUAUGAAGGUUUUUUUCCCUACUGUAGAUUCCUCAUAUAAGCCAAAAUUAGCAGCAGUAAUUCAGGCAGAGUUUAGUAGCACUCAAGGUCAUUUUUGUUCUGCUAUGGCUGAACUCUGUUCUCGGAGGAGAUAAAAAGCUUGAACAAGGUUAGGAGGUGCCUCCAAAGGGCUUCCCACCAGUGCCAGGGCUCCCCACGUGCUCAGGGCAUCUUGCUUUGCCACAGGCAGGGACAUUCACAGGGUUAUCACACACAGGAGUGCAGAGAUGAAUAGACCAAACUGCAGGUACAGGUAAUCCUGCCCCCCCCACACACAGCAGUUGCAUUUGCUGUGGUGGAACUGCAAUUCUCAGGUGAAAUGGAAAUGCCAGCACUGACUGCGUGUGCUGCCUGGAUCUUCAAGAGAUGGAUGGUUGCAUGGAUGGAUGGAGGAAUGGUACCAAGCAAUUGCCACAGCCUUUGCUGGAUCAGUCUCCAGUGCUCCACAGACACUAUCCCUUAGCUUUUGUAUUCAAUCCCCAGAUGUCCCAUUGGUCAUGGCUUUGAAGUUGUUGUGUUAUGGUGCCAGGGAUCUGUCAGGAAUGGGUGCAGUUCCUGUGCCGUGCAUUGCUCUGCAAGGCAAAGGGCCAAGAGGAGAGGAGGGAGCAUUGUCCAUGGAUGAGGCUCACAAGGAUGGAGUUUCCAUUGACCUCCAGAACGCCAAUAUGUCACAGUCUGUGCUGUUGACCUUCUAGUCUUUAACUUUGCCAAAUGAGCUGCCGUUGCUUUGAAGAGUCCAAGGAAGCGUUAACCUGCAUCAGCAGAACCAGGUUCUCCAGCAUGGUCUCUGCUGGGUGGGCUUUUGUGUUCAGGAUACGAGUGCUUUUGGAGAAGAACCAAGUAAUCUGGGAGCACAGAGUAAGGCUCUUCCCCACACACCAAAUAUUUGCUACUUGGCCUUUGCAAAUCCAAACUGAACAAUGAUGUGCCUUUCGGACCGUCCUUAUCUCAGCCUGGUCUGUGACACCGGUCCCACAACAGGUUUGUGCCUAUGCAAAGUGAGAUGGUCACAGGGUCCUAGUGGUGCCCCAUCCCAGUGAGAUGCCCAGAGCUGGGGCAUGCCCACCAAGAGCAAUAGGACAUGGGGCUGAUGUCCGUAAUGGUGAAGAAGCAUGUGUAGAUGCUUCAUGAAGGGGUCAGGCACCAAGCAUCCAUGGAGGAGCUGUGGUAGUGGGUGCUGUGCUGGCUGCACACUGGCUCCAAGGUGCUCACCUGCAUUUCCUGGUGUGGGAAAUGGUGUGCUCCUGCCUCCUGGAUGGGCAAAGGGUGGCUGGUUCUGGGCUUGUACCCAGGGGAACAUCCCGACAGCGAGCAGCUUUCCUCCAUCACCCACCCUUCCCCAGCGUGUCCCCUCCCAUAGCAGCAGGACUCUGCUGUCACCACUUGCUAUUGUGCCUUUUACUCACCAGCAGUUCAAUUCCAAAGGUCUAAGGAUGGUGAACGUGAUAAUCCAGAUGGUUUUCCGACCUUCGCCUCCUUCCACGUUCUUCCCCUCCUGGCCUCUCAUCUCAGGCUCCCAGCUUGCCCAGCUGUGCUGCUGUGUCUGAAUGCUGGAGUUUGCCUCUCAAAGGCACAUUAUGUGAGUGAUUUACUGUAAUCUUUUGUGGCCAGGGGUUGAAAGCUGCUGCAGACCCUGUUCACCAUUCUGACCAUUAGUAUUCAAGGUCUACCUUAUU